AUGCGCGGCCGCGCCAGGUCUUGCCACCGCGUUUACCGCUGGCUCGCUCUUCGAAACUCGUUCUCCGCCCCGCCUGAUCUCCUCCCCGCUCUCACCCCUCUCUCCGUUCAUCCUUCCGCUCCUCCGCCGCGCUUCCCGCCAAUUGCGCGCACCGUAUUUGCGGCUUUCACUGGCCCCGCCUUUGAGGCGUCGCAUAAACCGACGCCGUCGCGCACCGCCUUUCCCUCUAGUACCAGUAGCGCAUCCCAGCCGUCCACGUGGAUCGCCGGACACGUCAGCAACAGCAACGACUACAUCCCGGGAGCGGCCGUUUAUAAUCUCAGGAACCUAAAAAACGCCACCUGCGGCGCCGGAGGCGGCGGCUAUGAUCGGCGGUACGGCGGAAAGCAGCAGGCGCGCGGAUAUGCGCGGCAGGCGGGGGGAGGGCGGCCGCGCACGCCCAUGGCGGUGCCGUUUCAGGUUACACCUGAAGAGGCCCGGGCUCUGUUGCGAGAACACCUGACGGGACACCUGCUGGCGCCCGCCAUUGCUGACGUGGACUCGUCUGUGGCUCUCAGUGCCGUGUUCCAGCCGUUCUGGACCUUCGCUGCUGACGGUGG